UGAGGGCUUGGACCGGGGCGCGCUGGAAAAAACACCGUUUGCGUUCAGGUCGGUAGCGAAGAUGUCGGCGCCGAAUAUGGAGGAGAGGAAGGCCUGCUGGGGGGCCCGGGACGAGUUCUGGCAGUGCUUGGAUCGUCACGCGGACGACGCCUCCAUGUGUGAGAAGCUGCGGCUGUCUUUCGAGUCCCGGUGCCCGCAACAGUGGGUUAAACACUUUGAUAGAAGAAGAGACUUUUUAAAAUAUAAAAGAAAGCUUGAAACAGAAGGGUAUCAUCCUUCAGAAGAUGCUGGAAAGUCUUAGGUACUCUGCUUUCAGAAUAAAUCUAGUGAGAAUAACUAUGAAAGGAAGAAGCAUGAGAAAGCAACUGAAGCUGCUUGAGCUCAAGAACUGGUCACAUGAAUGUCUCCCUGAAAUGCAGGCUGCUGUUCUUGUUGCAAGGUCUCAUGUGUCUGCUGAAAAAAAGAUUGUCAUCAACAGCUUUUUCAUGAGUGUAAGUUAAAGAAAUAAGGUGCAGAGCUGUUCACUUUUGAAUGUAUAAUUAGUCAAAUUGUUUUACAGGAAUAAAUGAUUAUUUAAUAGUGUAAUGUAUGUAUUCUAAAGAGAACAAUAAAACUUUCUCAGUAAGUGAA